AUGGCUGUGUGGCUGGUUCUUGGCGCGUCUCUGGCGUCGCUGUGUGCGGGGCUGCUGGCGUUAGCUGUCUGGCUGUGGGCGACCAGGCAGAGGACGUCGGCGCCGGGUCCUCCCACUCUGCCCCUACUCGGAAACGUGCUACACUUCUACAAGCAGCCCGUCCUCUUGGACCGCUUUCGGGAACUGCACAGACGAUAUGGAGACGUAUUCAGGUUAUAUUUGGGACCGAAGUUGGUCAUUGCGGUGAUGCAGCCAGAGGAUCUUAAGAAAGUACUGAUAACCAGUAAGGAACACCAACGUGACCCGUAUAUCUUGAAAUCAGUGCCGUUUCUCAUCGGCAAUGGACUGAUCACCAACAACAAAGAAACAUGGAAAAGACACAGGAAGCUGCUUGAACCAGCGUUUCACUUCGAGGCAUUGGAGAAAUAUAUGGACACUUUCAACGAAGAAGGACGCUUACUUUGCCAAAAUCUGAUGGCAACGGGUGGUGCAGAGGUGGACGUGUAUCCAAUCAUGAGCCUAAGCGCGAUGCGCAUUAUUCUGUCUACCGUUGGCGGCCUGGAGAUGGAUCGUCUAGAACCAGAUCCAAGCAAACAAGUUGAGCUUGUCGCCACGAUCUUUAAAGGUUUGAAAACAGCGGCGGAAGCGACAAUAGCAGUGUCUGGCACUGAGUCGACGGCCGGUUCCCUGUCCUACGCGCUGGCUCUGCUCGGUCUCUAUCCUGAGUGGCAGGAGAUGGCGCAGCGGCAGCUGGACCAAGUUUUCGGUGGUGGUGGCGAUUUCCUGCGGCCGGUCACUACAGCAGAUCUGUCCCAGCUAACCGUGAUUGACGCCAUUUUGAAGGAGACGCUGCGGCUGUUCCCUCCAGCUCCCGUCAUACCACGCCUCGCAGCCGAGGACAUUCCACUAGCAGGUGGCCGUUACGUAGCACCUCGUGGCUGCUGUGUCUUUUUGGCCUUCUUCCUGACGCACCGGCAUCCAGAGCUGUUCCCAGAUCCCGACAAGUUUGAUCCGGGUCGCUUCCUUCCGGGUGGCAGUGCAGCUUCCAGGAGGUCCUACAGCUACCUUCCGUUCAGUACUGGUCCACGAGGAUGUGUGGGAGGCCCCUACGCUACUAUGGAAAUUAAAACUUUGCUAGCAACGCUGUUGCGCCGGUUUCGUAUAAUUCCUGGAUCCAGCAGAGAAGAACUAGAAACUGUCUUAUUUUCUAUAACCAGCCAUCCCCUCAAAGGUUACAGAGUAUCAUGUAUGCCUCGUGAAAUACAGUCCGCUAAGUAA